AUGCAUAUCUACAAGAUUCUUUAUGAAGAAGCUAAAGCCAAAGGAAUAAUGAUGCCAAAUCACAACUUUGAGUUAGACUACAUUCAAGACUUGAAACGAUUUAUUGAUGAGUGCAAUAGAAAGACGGAACUGGCCGAAAGACGACUAGAUUUGAAUUCAGAGGAUAGGGAAAGUCUAACUAACAUUACCACAGAGAUGGAUGAGUUAGACACCAAGAUAGCAUUCACCACUCAGGAAAUCCAGAUGUUGUCAAGAAAGGGGGAUUUAGAUAAAGCAGUGCAGGUAUCCAAGAUAUUGAAAACAUAUGUUGGACAAAGGUCCAAAGUAGCCAGGAACUACUCGAUAAUGUUGGAAAAUAUUAAUCAGAGUGCACAGCAGAAGUUGCAAGUGUGUCGAGACUGUGGUGCGUACCUUUCCAAGUUGGAUAACGACCGUAGAUUGGUUGAACAUUUCACAGGUAAGAUCCAUUUAGGGUACGUAGAGAUGAGAAGUACGUUGCAGGAACUAAAAAGCAAGUAUGAAAAGACUAACUGA